AGGGUCCGGGAAGCAGAUGUGGGUCAUACCACUCCUGGUCUAGCUGGAGGGUCUUGCGCUUCAAGGGACAAGUUCUGCACGUGAAUAUGAGAAGAGCCAUGUGUGCAAGACAAGAAAAAUGAAGAUGGGACAUUUUGAAAUGGUCACCAUGCUGCUGGCAGCUGCAGUUCUAAUGGACAUCUUCCAGGUGAAGGCGGAAGUGUUAGACAUGGCAGAGGAUGCAUUUGACGAUGAAUACCUGAAGUGCAACAGCAGAAUGGAAAUGAAGUAUAUUCCGCAGAUGGAGAAGGAGGAGUGGGCCAACGAUGCGCUCCUGCGAACUGUGUGGGACAAUGCAGGGAUCCAGUGGGAAGCGCGGAAGGCUCAGCUCUCCCUCCCUAGGAACUUCAAGGAUGCCUACGGAAUCGCUCUGAUGGCUUACGUGACUGAGGCUCACGAGCAGACUCGCUUUUACCACACAUUCAACAAUGCCGUGAAGUCUGCCGGCCUGUCCCGAAGACUGUACAUCUAUAACUUUCCGUUCAAGGCUUUUCACUUUUACCUGGUAAGAGCCCUGCAGCUGCUGAGACGACCUUGCGAGAAAAGUUACAAAAGCGUGGUGUACAGCACAAGCCCGGACAUUUCAUUCACAUUAGGAGAGCAAAACCCAGCCAGGCUGGGCAACUUCACAUUGGCCUAUUCAGCCAAACCUGAGACAGCUGACGACCAGCAGGUGCUAACCAUCCAGACCUGCUUUGGAGUUGCCGUGGGAAAGUUUCUUAAUAAAGAGAAUGAAGGAGCUGUUUUAAUACCUCUGAGUGAGGUCUUCCAAGUGUCGAGGAAAGAAACUGGCAAGGGCCUCAUCCUCCAGAGCAUCAACAGUACCUGCAGCUACUAUGAGUGUGCAUUCCUCGGGGGUCUAAAAACAGAAAACUGUAUUUCGAACCCAGAAUAUAUUGACCCUAUGUAUUUCUACAACCCGGAUAUGGACAGUCAGAAGCUUGAAGAUUCUGUGUCUGGAAUCAAACCCUGGGCCCCCUGCAAGCUAGGUAGGAAAAGACUCGACUCUGACAUGCCAGAAGUUAAAGUGCUACAAACAGAUGAAAAUCCUCCUCUGCCGGAUGAAAAGCCUGACAGAAAUGGAGAAAAGGCCACCAGUCCUACUCCAGGUCCAGUUCCAGUUCCAGGUCCGAAAUCCCAUCCUUCUGCAUCCUCUGGCAAUUCACUCCUUCCGUCAGUUGUGGCAUCUACCAUUUUACUCGUCAUUUCUGCUGUAAACUUCAUCGAGCUAUAGCUUGAAACGCUAUCUUACUCUGAAAGAUGCUAUGGGUAUCCCACAGGAAGUCAAGAGGAAAAAAAAAUGUAGUUUUCCUUGGACAGACUCACUGUAUAAAAAAAGAACUGUAUAUUUGUUCCUUGUUUUACAAUUUAAAAAGCUGGUCCAGAUAGUGUCAUAGAAUUAACUUUUCAUUUCCGUAUUAAUUUUAGGAUUGCAAAAAUCCUAAACCUGUAUACUUUUGAUUGGAUUCAAUAAAAAUUUUAAGUUUACUGUUUUCCUGUAA